AUGACAACUUCAUUGUCAACAUCUACAACACGUAAUGGACAACAGAACGGAAGACAGAUUGCUCGUCCACUUCGUCGCUCAGCCAGAAUUUCGGAUAUAAAGGAUCGCAAGGCAGGCGGGACUAACACUGGCAUUGGUAGUGCUUCCAGGAGUGCUUCUAACAGCACGUCGACGUCUAACAAUUCCAGUUCCACUUCCCCGGCCACCGUAUCCUCUUCUACAUCAUCAGUGCGAAGUAAAGUAGUCUCGAAUCUCAAAUCAGGAGGCGUAUGUGGAUGCAAAUCUUCAGUGUCAUCCCAUUCGUCUUCAGCUCACUCGCGUUCGCAUGCUCAUGCUCAUCACGCGGGUGCCCAUACCAGUGCUCGAACCAACGCUCGUACAAGCUCUCACUCUAAUGCUCAUGCCAACGCUCAUGCCAACACUCACACCAAUGUUCGUGUCAACGCUCAUGCCAAUGCUCAUGCCAAUGCUCACACCAAUGUCCGUGCCAACGCUCAUGCCAACGCUCAUGCCAACGCUCAUGCCAACGCUCAUGCCAACGCUCAUAACAAUGUUCGUGCCAAUGCUCAUGCCAACGUUCGCGCUAACGUUCACAACGUUCGUGCCAACGUUCGUGCCAACGUUCAGACCAAUAGCACUCGUGUCAACCUUCAGACCAACAGCGCUCGUGCCAACCUUCAUGCCAACGCUCAUACUAGCGCUCAUGCUAAUUCUCAUUCUAAUGCUCAUGUUAAUAAUGCCCGUGCCAGCACGCACUCUAACGCCAAUGCCAAUGCCAGUGCUAAUAUCAAUGCCAGUGCUCCUAUCAAUGCCAGUGCUACUAUCAAUGCCAAUGCUCCUAUCAAUGCCAAUGCUCCUAUCAAUGCCAAUGCUCCUAUCAAUGCCAAUGCUCCUAUCAAUGCCAGUGCUAAUGUCAACACCAGUCUUUCAACACAAAGACCAACUAGUAAGCCGAAGAAACAGAUCAGCCAGCAAGUUGUAGUCAAGACAGCACACUGUGAAAAGAAAUUAAAAGUUUCAGAUGAUGUUGCAAAAGAGGAGGUGAAAAGUGAAAAGAAAAGCGAAGACGCCGUGAUUAUCGCGAGCAACUUGACAAAGAUGCCCGUUGAUUUGGUGGUUUAUUUGUUAGAAUUCUUGGGUCCUGCGCUAGCAACUAUGGAGCACGUCUCAAAACAGCUCUGCCAACUUAUCCGUGGUCCGCAUAGCCCGUACCGUGCACUAUAUAACAGGUUGGUCCAUACGUAUCGCCCAGUAAAACCUCUCUCUGAAGACGGCGACGAAUUCCUGUUACAUGCUCCGAUGUGGAUUGGAAAUGGAAAGUACGGACGCGACCGUAAAGUUGGCCUUGCUGUGUAUGAUUGGAAGGUCCAGUUUGUCGAAACGUACAAAUUCUACGUCACGGAAGUAUGCACAAUCUGUGGCAAACAUGGCGAUCCUAUUCCUGUAUGGGAGGUUCGAUUAUGUAGGUUUUGCAUAGUUCGUCAGUUGGUAAACAAAAGUGCUUUGAGUUCUUUCGCUCUGUCUGCAAAGGAAGUUGAAGUAUUGAAGCCAUGGAGAACAUACGUAUAUGAUCUCGGGAUGACGUGUACGUUUUACUUGCGCGCUCACCUCGACUAUCUACGCAAACAAAGGCAUCCUUCCGCCACCAGAAUGCAGUUAGAUCGUCAAGUGUCUGAACGCCAGGCAUCGAAAUUUCAACACGAAACCAGGAAACGAAAGAAAAAGCACCGCGAACAAGAUGAGGCACACAGCGAAAGGUCUCAGGCUGUGCUUAGAUGCUUUAGAGUUUUAAACUUGAAGCCAGAGACGAAUACUAUGGAUGAGUGGUGGUUUCCUAAAGAACUAAAGUUGGAGAUAUUAGAGUACAUUUCUAAUAAGACCAACAAUAGUUUGGCCAGAAAGCGUCUAAGAAUGUCACUCGGUGCAUCCCCACCUUCGUCGUCCUCAUCAGCAGACCUAAUUGCAAAAGCCAAAGCAACCCGUAAAUCUCUUGACGAUAUCAUCCAUGAUUUAGAAGUAAUCGUAGUUCCACGACACGAGAGACUCAACGAAAUCAAUAAACGUUUGUAUCAGAAGCAUGGCAUUCAAGUGGACAAACUGCGCACCACACUUGAUUUGAAGACACGUCGGAUAUAUGAUGAUUAUGUCCUUGGCGGCAAUGGAAUUAAUAGCAGAGAUUAUGUUUCAUCUAUACCGCCAUACUCACCUUCAUAUGCAUUGUCAUCAUUGAGCUCGCCUUCACUGUCCUUGUCAUCAUUUCCGUCCUCUUCAGCUUCUUCGUCUUCAAUAUUUUUUCCGCCCUUACUCUCUAUCGAUCGUACUAUAGAAGAGAUUCUUUCGUUCUUCGAUCGAGAGCAUAUCUUUGACGAAUCCGUAAAAAACGCUUGGAGUACGUCUAUAACGCAGGAAGAUUUUCUUUUAUGUGAUCUGGACCCACAAAAAUUCCUUCGUGAUGCCAAGGAAUGGUGGGCUCGUCGAGGAAAAAAGCCCCCGCCAGAACGAUGUGGAGAAUUAUAUCUUGCUCGAGUGCGCAAGCGUCAAGAGUGGUUACGCACAGACAUGGCUGAGAUCAAGAAACAAGAGACGUGGAGAAGACAACUGUUGGAGAAAAAGUUGAAGGGAACUAUUGAUUGGCAUUAUACCGAGUUGAAGGAUGCAAUUGAGGAACUGAAAAACGUCUAUGAAACCAACUUGAAACGAAGAAUGAGAAACAGAGUGAUAUUCUGGAUGAAGGGUUUGUCCACUUGCUUGAAGAUGGUUGAACCUGUUGGGCAUUUGAAAAAGAUGUAUGCAGACUAUGAGGACUUUAUUAAAAAUUGUAACGGGUUUGUUUGUUCAACUGAAGAAGGUUGCUGUGGAUGUCUCGAAUAUGCGUUUAAAGACAUCUUAAAAGCUAACAAUGAACUACGCAGAAGAGCAUGGCUUGACAGAGAGCUAAGAACAUACAUAUACAUACAUUACCAGGGUCCUGACUUUUUAGCAAGUCCUGAAGCAAAGGAAGUCUACAACUGUGCUGCAAGAUACAACAAAGUUCCCAAACGUAUAGCAGCUCGUUAUGUUGCACGUACGGAAUGCUUUAUGCAACGCCUCCUCAACGAAAUUCCAACAUUCUCCCUCGACCUAAUUACCUUCUCGGCACGUGAACAUUAUCGUGCAUGCGUAGGCGAAUUCCCAACCGAUCUUUAUGUAACGUGCAACAAUCGCUUCAUAUUUGACUACUCUCAUCCAUCGGAUGCCAUAAAUUACUUUAUAAGCGAUCCUGAACUCGACUCGGCAAUUGAAAAGAUUAAAGAAUGUGAGCGAAUCAGAAUAUCCCGUCUCGAGAUGGUUGACAGGGCAGCAAAGGAGGCGAAAUUACCAUUGACGUAUUGGAACAAGUCGCUGAUCAAGAGACCGAACGAAAACAAUAGUAGCUUUGCACAAAGAGUGAGAUGGAUUGCGGGCAACGAGUGGUUUUCAUUUAAUCAGUUGGCACAGGCAUGGAUUUAUGAUGAGACACAGUUGCCCUUUAGCGAAUUGGUUCCAUUCAUUGAGCGUCGAGCAAAGACUAUGGAGCAUGAGAAGCGCAAAGAAGAUAUUCAGGCAAGGAUCAAAGAGGAUCCACGUUUCCAAACCUUGUUUACAGAUUUGGACGAAGAAGCUGAUUUCUUCCUUCGCGCUUCAUACGAGAUCAUGACUAUAUACAAAGUAUCGAACUUGUACAAAUCGUACGUUGAUGAUGUAGAAUCUGGCAUAAAACCCGCAGACAUUGUAAACCAAGUUGUCGAUCUAAUAAGAGACGUUAAAACUGGUGUUAUCAGUAAGAGUUCGUUGUGUGUGGCUGAUCGAGAGCGAUUUAGCGAAGAAGACGAGGACGAAGAUGAUAUAAAGUUAUCACUCGAUGCAAAUGUUAUAAUAUUGUGGAAAAGAUACAUUGUUCCGAUUAUGUUACCGGAAAUGGCUACCCCAGUCGAGUCCAUAGAACGGACUUCCUGUGGUAGAGGCUGA